UCUGUCUCUUUCUGGCUCUAUGGAAAUUGGAAGCUUCGGCGGUUUGCCAAUCUACCGUGGUGCAUCCGUGGACCGUCGCCAUCAGCCUCCAACCGCACUUGGUGCUGAUCGACAAAACGUGGCCUCAUUUGUCCCUUGACUUCAAUACUGAGUCGCCUCUCAUUUUCCUUUAUUCGCACUAAUGAGCUCCUACCGCAGUACAGAGUACCUAGUUGUCCAUCGAUUCGACCAUCUAAACACUCCAAUCAUGUACUCUCCAUCUACUUCACGUGGCCAUGGUUCAUGAGCCAGCCAGAUGGUGCAACAGCAGCACUCUUGGCCGUACAACUUUGGCACUUCAUAUCAUUGUGACUUCAACCCUCGAAGCCCGGACCGUCCAGCCCGACGCGCCAAAGACAUCAAGUGGGUCGGCACGGAUCCGACAAUGGUACCUAUGUAUCAUUGCCUGCCCUGCGUAUAAUCUCGUCCAUCAAUUUCCCUCGCCGCCAGAUGUUCACCGUUCCCCGAACCGUUGGGCCUGCCACCUGCUUUACCAAUACCAAGGAAGAUUUCCCUGUGCUCAGAUACAGAUGAACAGCCGCGCGCUGCUGCUUCUGGCCGUGGCGUCACGGGCGUCGAGCUAUGGAUUUCGUCAUGCAUCCGUCUUCCUGAGACGUGGUCGAAUCGCAGUGGAGCUGCAGUUCAUCAGCCUUCAACAUCUCUCCUCUCAAUCGUGUCAACGAAAAUCCCACAUGGAAGAUACAGCUUCCGCCCCAUCGGAACAAAGCCACUGCUUCGAUAACCAUUUUUAUAAAAGGAAAUUGCCAGGGCCCCCCGUGGCGCAACUCGCCAUGUCCCACCAGUCCUGAUCGUGCCUAGUUUUGGCCUAGUUCGAGUGCGGGAAACCGCUCGAUGAGGAAGUUUGAAGGGUCUCGAGGGAAAAGGUGUUGUUUGCUGCUAUACCAGCCCUUGCUUGCUAUUACCGUCAAGGACAGGGGAAGCAAGCUGAAGGGGGAAUAUUGUGGAGAUAGAGCUUUGGUGGGCAAGGUGCUUGCUCGCUGGGUUUGACGACUGUUCUUACUACGACACGUCCAGCCUGGCGGAUCGUCCAAGUGCACCAUUAUCAUCU